AUGGGCCCGACCUUGGGAAAUAACACUGCCGAAGUACAUGCGGUGACCGACCUGGACGAUGAACAUACACACGAUAGCCUUCUGUCUCUACGAUGGACCGUUGAGAGCGGCUGGUGGCGCCGAUCCAGCACUCUAGUCAAGAUCUGGAUUGCGAACAUUGACUCUACCCUGGUGGUUACAACGGAUGUCUAUACUUAUAUCGGCACUGUUGCCGAGGUACUUAACGAAUGUCUUCCUCGUGCCGUCUGGGUGACUAUCGCCGAUCAAGUUACGCGGUCAUACGAGUCUCGUCUAGAACUCGCACAUACUCUGGUCGCGUUCCAAACAGUCCUCGGUCUGAUCAUGAGCAUAAUUCUCACCAGCGCUGCCAAAGCCUUCACGGCCACCUUCAUCCCGCGCGAGGCUCGGAAAGCAAGUAUUACCUAUGUUCAGAUUAGUGCAUUCUCAGCCCUCAGCUCUGCUAUAGAAGUUGCAGUAUCCAACGCGACAAGGGCCCUGGACAAGCCCGACGUUCCUCUCGUGAUUAGUUCGGUCAAGACUGUCGUGAACAUUAUCUUGGAUCUCCUGAUCAUAUCCGAGUUUCAUGUGGGUGGUUGGUCUCCUAAUAUUAACAUGCAGGCUGCUAUUCGUCUAAGCUGUGACAUGGUCGCGGCUCUUACUGGCUUAGCAUACUUUAUCCAGACAAUAAACCUGUCCGAAGGACGACGCAGCUGGCACUGGAUUGGAAAUAUCCCAAAUUUUCUGCCUUUUUAA